AUGGAGGGCGUGCGCGAGAGGGUCGAAGGGGAGGGGGGGGGCGUCCCUGUAGGAGGCAAGGGUCGAUGUGCUGCGACUGCGAAGGUGCCAGCAGGUACGCAUGCGCGAAUCCUGAGUCGUCGUGUCACUCGUCGCGGCCACUACACGAAUCGACCGGCUGCCCCGCGGCUACAGCGGCCACCCGCCCGCUCCACUGAGCUCGAUGCCGCUUGUACCUCUGGGGCCGAGGUGAGCUGCAGCACACUGUGGAUUGGCCCGCAUGCGUCGCAGCAAGCAGAGCGACGGCGUACUCUGUACUUGGAGCGUGUUUUGACGCAGUGUCAACUUUGCAUCAACUUGGCAGCGACUAGGGGGGUACCCGUACGGCCACCGCAUGCCGCAUCUCCCGCCCUCGUCCAAUGGCGCGCAGUCACUACCCCGAUCAGGCAUUUGUACCAUGUCCCGGCUGCCCUGUGCGCUCAUACAAGGGAUGUACAGCCUCGGGGGAGCGAACUGGCAAGCAGCUGCUCGUACUGGGCUUGUACUCCGACAGACAUCGGUACCUGGACCGGCUCAGCCGACCGCCUGAUCGCUGCGGGCCUCGUCGUCGCAGCGCAAUUCCACAGCUGUUGGAGCAGGACGCAGGACUCGCAGCGCGCUGGCAAUGGAUCUCUCGUCGGCUCAUUCUCCUCGUGGAGACAAGAGGCGGCCCCCUCUAAACCCCGAAGGACAGAAGCAGGGCUUGGUGGCACAGCAAUCGAAAGGAAAUGCAGGGCCCGCGCGGCGGCCAACUCGAUUCACGCUCCUGUUGCUGUUGCUGCUGCUGUUGCUGUUGCUGCUGCUGUUGCUGUUGCGGACGACGGACAACAAGACGACGGCAACUUGAUCAGCAGCUGA